UGCUUAAACAAGUGGUUAUCCGUUAUGCUGUUGACAUAGGAAAAGGUGAAAUGCUAGUAACCGAAUCAAAGCGGCAGUGCAACAGGCCGCUCCGUGGUGCACAUUGCGUGGUUUAGUUCCUUGGAUGGACACACUUGCUUUACACUUCAUCCCAAUUUUUGUCCCAACCUCUUAGUGUAUCUUCCUGGGAAUGGUAAAAACAAAGCAAAACAUUCUGGUCUUACUUCAAGCAGCCUUUGGACUGUUAUUCCCUUGUUCCGCUCAUUUCACGGGAUUGGGUUCUCCUAACUUCAUUGUUUGGUGAGUCGCUUUGCUUUGCUCGUUGCCCCGAUCUUCUGUGCAUUCUGCGCAGACCCCGUAAGUGCUCCUGCACUCCCUCCCAGCCCUCUGCUGGGGCUUAAUGCUUCCCAGCCGGUCAGACUGCCGUGCGCCCGGAGUACCGGACCCCGAGGAAGCGAGAAACGCCGCUCCCGCCGGUCGCGGGCAGCUCCAGUACGCCAGCAAUACGCGUGCGUCUGCCCGGUGCCGCGCCCAGCGGGUGCUCAGACUACUUUUCUCCAACCCCGCCGGCGCGCCCCAGGGACUUGGAACGCCCCCGCGAGUGUGACGCGUCCUGCCUCCCCAGCAGCUCGCGGACACUCGCACUUGCAAGGCCUGGCCAGCACUCUUGGGCACGCCCCCCGACGGUGCGGGGGCGGAGACGACGGCUCCCCUAGGCUCUGGCUCCCGGCCUUGGCCGGCUCGGGUAGGCGCGGGAGCCUUGAGCGCCGCUCGGAUGCAGCAGCCGAGCCGCCACUCGGCGCGCGGCGGGAGACCCAGGGCAAGCCGCCGUCGGCGCGCUGGGUGCGGGAAGGGGGCUCUGGAUUUCGGUCCCUCCCCUUUUUCCUCUGAGUCUCGGAACGCUCCGGCUCUCAGACCCUCUUCCUCCCAGGUAAAGGCCGGGAGAGGAGGGCGCAUCUCUUUUCCAGGCACCCCACCAUGGGCAAUGCCUCCAAUGACUCCCGGUCUGAGGACUGCGAGACGCGACAGUGGCUUCCCCCGGGCGAAAGCCCAGCCAUCAGCUCCGUCAUGUUCUCGGCCGGCGUGCUGGGGAACCUCAUAGCACUGGCGCUGCUGGCGCGCCGCUGGCGGGGAGACGCGGGGUGCAGCGCCGGCCGCAGGAGCUCCCUCUCCUUGUUCCACGUGCUGGUGACCGAGCUGGUGUUCACCGACCUGCUCGGGACCUGCCUCAUCAGCCCCGUGGUACUGGCUUCGUACGCGCAGAACCAGACCCUGGUGGCACUGGCGCCCGAGAGCCGCGCGUGCACCUACUUCGCUUUCGCCAUGACCUUCUUCAGCCUGGCCACGAUGCUCAUGCUCUUCGCCAUGGCCCUGGAGCGCUACCUCUCGAUCGGGCACCCCUACUUCUACCAGCGCCGCGUCUCGCGCUCCGGGGGCCUGGCCGUGCUGCCUGUCAUCUAUGCUGUCUCCCUGCUCUUCUGCUCGCUGCCGCUGCUGGACUACGGGCAGUACGUCCAGUACUGCCCCGGGACCUGGUGCUUCAUCCGGCACGGGCGGACCGCUUACCUGCAGCUGUACGCCACCCUGCUGCUGCUUCUCAUCGUCGCAGUGCUCGCCUGCAACUUCAGUGUCAUACUCAACCUCAUCCGCAUGCACCGCCGAAGCCGGAGAAACCGCUGCGGACCUUCCCUGGGCAGUGGCCGGGGCGGCCCCGGGGCCCGCAGGAGAGGGGAAAGGGUGUCCAUGGCGGAGGAGACGGACCACCUCAUUCUCUUGGCUAUCAUGACCAUCACCUUCGCCGUCUGCUCCUUGCCUUUCACGAUUUUUGCAUAUAUGAAUGAAACCUCUUCCCGAAAGGAAAAGUGGGACCUCCAAGCUCUUAGGUUUUUAUCAAUUAAUUCAAUAAUUGACCCUUGGGUCUUUGCCAUCCUUAGGCCUCCUGUUCUGAGACUAAUGCGUUCAGUCCUCUGUUGUCGGAUUUCAUUAAGAACACAAGAUGCAACACAAACUUCCUGUUCUACACAGUCAGAUGCCAGUAAACAGGCUGAACUUUGAGGUCAGUAGUUUAAAAGUUCUUAGUUAUAUAGCAUCGGGAAGAUCAUUUUGAAAUUGUUCCUUGGAGAAAUGAAAACUGUGUGUAAACAAAAUGAAGCUGCCCUAAUAAAAAGGAGUAUACAAACAUUUAAGCUGUGGUCAAGGCUACAGACGUGCUGACAAGGCACUUCAUGUAAAGUGUCAGAAGGAGCUACAAAACCUACCCUCAAUGAUCGUGGUACUUGGCCUUUGGAGGAACAAUCGGCUGCAUUGAAGAUCCAGUUGCCUUUUGAUUUAAGCUUUCCUGUUGAAUGACAAAGUAUGUGGUUUUGUAAUUUGUUUGAAACCCCAAACAGUGACUGUAUUUUCUAAUUUAAUCUUGCUACUACUGUUAUAAACAUAUAGUGUACAGCCAGACCAGAUUAAACUUCAUACGUAAUCUCUAGGAAGUCAAUAUGUGGAAGCAACCAAGCCUGCUCUCUUGUGAUCACUUAGCGAACCCUUUAUUUGAACAAUGAAGUUGAAAAUCAUAGGCACCUUUUACUGUGAUGUUUGUGUAUGUGGGAAUACUCUCAUCACUACAGUAUUACUCUCACGAGAGUGGACUCAGUCGGUUAACAUCAGUUUUGUUUACUCAUCCUCCAGGAACUGCAGGUCAAGUUGUCAGGUUAUUUAUUUUAUAAUGUCCAUAUGCUAAUAGUGAUCAAGAAGACUUUAUGAAUGGUUCUCUCAACAAGAAAUAAUAGAAAUGUCUCAAGGCAGUUACUUCUCAUUAAUACUCUUUAUCCUAUUUCUGGGGGAGGAUAUACAUGGCCAUGUAUGAAGCCAAAUAUUAGGCUUAAAAACUGAAAAAUCUGGUUCAUUCUUCAGAUAUACUAGAACCCUUUUAAUGUUGAUAUUGGGGCCAUGAGUAAAAUAGACUUUAUAAGAUGACUGUGUUGUACCAAAAUUCAUCUGUCUAUAUUUUAUUUAGGGAACAUGCUUUGACUCAUCUUAUAUGGGAAACCAUGUAGCAGUGAGUCAUAUCUUAAUAUAUUUCUAAAUGUUUGGCAUGUAAAUGUAAACUCAGCAUCAAAAUAUUUCAGUGAAUUUACACUGUUUAAUCAUAGUUACUGUGUAAACUCAUCUGAAAUGUUACAAAAAUAAACUAUAAAACAAAAAUUUGAAAAUGGAAUAGUAUUUUAUGAACUCCCUCAAAUAACAUUUUGCGAUUCAUAUAAACGUGGUAUCUUUUAAAUGAGAUCAAAGUGGGAAAAAUUAUAUUUAAUUUGGCAGAUUCGUAAAGUGUGGUUGCCAGGUUUUAAAGUGCGGUUGCAAAUUAGAGUUUAAAAUAUUCAUUAUAAUACUUGGUAUUAGAAGAUAUUUUCCUCCUCCAGUUUUUACCCUUCCAGUAUGAUCUUUAAAAUAGUAGAACCAUCUUAUUUUUUGCAUAGUGUUAUUAUUGGAUAGCCACUCCUUAAAAAAAAAAGAGAGAGAGAGAUGCUUGUUUUCUCCAAAGUCUCAUUGAGUUGUUUAUCCAAAACUAUUUCCUUUAAGCAGUUAUCAAACUAGCUGAUCACUCAGAAUGAUUUCAAACCAAUCUAGGCAUCAGUGUAUUUUGAUACAAACAAUCUACGUCAAAUCAGCUCUUAAGAAGAAUAAAUAAGUGGUUUGCUUUUCUACCAAUUUAAACAAGCCAAGCAAAAUUUAACUUAACUAAAAUCUAGACAUGUAAAUAAAUCUUCCCUGUCCACCAGGCAUUCUAAAGUUAAGUAAUUAUUCUAAAUGGGACUAAUUAGGCCCAUGGGUAAUUCCUAAACAUAAAAUUCUGAAGUUGCUUUGAACUAGAAGAUUAAUUCCUUUUAUCAGAUGACUUGUUUUUCUCCAGAUGAAAAUGUCAACUACAAUUUUUCACCCCACCUUACCACCCCCCUAAAAUCCCAGAAUAAUGCCUGAGAACUGAAAACAAAAACACAAAAUUGGACAUAAUAUCACUAGCAGGAACAAAAUGAUUCGCUCUGGAGCCCAAAGUAUAAGAAUUUAAGCCACUUAUUUAAGCACUGGUAUAUUUCUAGAACUUUGUUUCCUCAUGUACUCCUGUUCCAUGUACUGUGCUGAAUGACUAAAUCCUGGUAUUUCAUUUACACCAAUAUAUAUAUAGAAGGAGUUGAAAGUAAAAGUCCUCUGUAAUAGUCAUUACCUCCUAUUAAUGGCAAUUUAAAGGUAACUUAGAAAAAAAUUACUAAAAUUAUAUAUGUAAAUAUUCCCUUUCUAAAAAUCCUAUCACAUCAGACAUACCUGUUUAAGUUACUGAUUCAUUAUCAAGUUAAAUAAAAGAACAGAAUUUACUUAGCCUGAUAUAUUAAAGAAUUGAAUUGUGAUAAAA